AUGGCAGCGACGGCAGAUGGCGCGCAGGUGCGCGAGACGCAAGCAAUGCAUAUCCAGACCCAUUCCACGUCGCAGCGGCGUAUGCUGAAUCAGUACGUGAUUGAGGAUGAGAUUGGGCGCGGUGUCUACGGCUGUGUGCGCUUGGCACGCGAUACAGACACGGGCGAACGCGUGGCUAUCAAAAUCGUGCCGCGUGAGACGCGCGCCAAGCUUGGCGAGCAGCUGCGCGGAGGAAAGACACGUACAGAUGCCAAGGUGCAGCACGAAAUUGCGAUUCUAAAAUCGUGCUCGCAUCCGAACUUGGUCGCGCUCAAAGAAGUGGUGGACGACCCGCGGAGCCGCAAACUGUUUCUCGUGCUCGAGUACAUGGAUCGCGGCGAGAUUGCUUGGCGCGAUGCGCUUGGCGGGCCGGGGAUGACAGUGAACAAGGUGCGCCGUGCAUUUCGCGAUACGGUUGCGGGGCUUGUGUACUUGCAUGCGCAGGGGAUCGUGCAUCGCGACGUCAAGCCGGCGAAUCUGCUGUGGAAUAGCGAGGGCAUUACCAAGAUUUCCGAUUUUGGCGUAUCGCAUCGGCUUACCGGCGAUGUAGAUACAGAUCAGGCGGCGCUGUUCAAGACCGCUGGCUCCCCGGCGUUCUUUGCGCCGGAGCUCUGCUGGAGCGGCGAAGUAGGAACGGCGCCGCGGAUUACCGGCGCAAUCGACGUAUGGGCACUGGGCGUCACGCUGUACUGCCUUUUGUUUGGGCACCCGCCGUUCAUGGCCGAGACCGAGUUUGGUUUGUUUGAUGUGAUUCUAAAGGAGGACUACGCAUUGCCGGGGUACAUGGGAGCGGAUCGUGUGCCGAUUGGGGGAAGAGGACCUCGAUGGGGACAGGGCGCUGGGCAAGGCGAGGAUGUGCAGGGCGCAUUGUCUGAUGAUGCAUUACUUGUGUUGGAUCUGCUCGAUCGAAUGCUGGAGAAGGAUGCACAGCGACGCAUCACUCUCGAUGCGGUGCGCCAACAUCCGUGGGUAGGGGACGGGGCAGAGGAGCGGCAUGUGGAUGGCGCAGCGAAACAAAGCCCUGCCGCGACAGACGCUGCGGUGCAGCCUCUUGAAAUGCACAGCGCGCCUUGCCUAUCCCCCCGAAGCCUGGUCACGAAGCACUCGCCCCGUCCUCCUCUUCCAACCCCACCGCUCGCGUCCGCCCUUGGCUCUUCCUCCACGCCGAAUUCGCCGCGGCGCCUUGUCUCUACACGUAUCGCGCCGCCAACGCCAACUCCACGUACGCCUGCACUGCAAUAG